CAACGGUCUUCACCAUUCUCAUCUCGUAUACAGAUUCUUCGUGUGUUACUGCCCUUGGGAUUGCGAUUGGAACACUGAAAACGCCGUAAUCUGAAGAAUCUUUAGCAAAUUGCUGCUCUGUUCUCGAAAAUUGGAAGAAAGACGAUUCUUCGUGUUACUGCCUCUGGGAUUGCGAUUGGAACACUUAAAACGCAGUAAUCUGAAGUUUCUUUAGCAAAUUGCUGCUCUGUUCUCGAAAAUUGGAAGAAAGACUAUUCUUCGUGUGUUACUGCCUCUGGGAUUGUGAUCGGAAGUAAUCUGAAGAAUUUUACGAUUCUUCGCGUGGUAAGGCCGGGAAUACACUGGAAACGCAAGAUCUUUUAGCAAAUUCGUAUCUCUGUUCGCGAAGAAAUGGCAGAAAAACGCCAAAUCAGUAGGAUGGGCAAAUUGCCUAGCGAAUUGCAUCUGAAGAUAUUAUCUUCACUUCCAACGAAAUUAGCUGUUACCACCAGUGUUUUAUCCAAACCAUGGAGAUCUCUUUGGAAGUUUAUGACAGGAGUGAAGUUUGAUUUCGAAGUUCAUCCUACAUUUCCAGCAAAUGUGUACAAGUCUCUUCUUCAAAAUAAAGCUUCGCCCUUAGAGAGUCUUGAUUUGAAUGUCAGAGGAGCUGUUACGGCUAGCAAUGUUUCAUUGUGGUGUGGAACUGCAUUUGCCCGUGGUUUGCGUGAAUUGGUCCUCCAGCUUAGCUGCUGUAUAUCUCUACACUUUCCCACACAAGUUGCACUGCUUGCUCUUCAUAAGCUUCGUCUCCACCGAGUUGAUUUCGAAGAUGAAACAUCUGUUCUUGAAGAUGUGGUCUUGGAUCGAAGCUUGAAUUUGGAUAAUGGGAAUUUCCCUAUUUCUGUGCCAUCGUUACAGAGGCUAGCCAUACGAGGAAAAUACGGAGAAGAGAGUGCAGGAGGCUAUACGAUAGAUGCACCUUGUUUGGCGUACUUGCACAUUGAAGACUGGGGACUGUUGGCUAAGUUUUUUCGGUUUGCGCAAGCGCCAACGUCGCUCCUGGAGGCAACAAUCACGUGCUAUUCUUAUAAACCGAUACCCGAUGAUAACAUUCUUGAAUCUCUAACCUCAGCAAGACGCAUUGCCUCACUCGUUUCACCCUUAAAGCUUAAGCACCCGCCUGCUGGUAAAUUCUUCGAGCACCUUCUAUCUUUGGAACUGGCGAGUACGGAUCAAACAGAGUGGUGGAUUCUGCUUUUUAUGAUGCUCGAUGCUUCUCCUAUACUGCAAAUACUCAAGCUAGUCGAGCUAAUGCAAGUUGGGGACAGUCCGGAGGACCAGAGAUGGAUCCGACCUGAUCAUGUACCGGAAUGUUUACUGAAACAUCUUCAGACAUUUACCUGGUCAGGAUUCAAUCAGAUCAGAGACGAUGGGGAAGAUGUUGCGGGAUACUUGCUAUGGGAAGCACGAGUGUUGAAGAAAGCCACGUUCCUGACAUUCGGCUCUCCUAUGUCGUACCUUCGCCACGACUUGACUAGUGUGGUACGGGAAUCGUGUGAGAUUGUGGUCGAAGAACAAUCCGUAUAGCUAUAUGGUCCUGAACUCCUGAUUCAUGUCUUGAUAGUUUUUUUUUUUUUUUAGUAUAGCUACAUGAUUUGAUUGGAUGAUUCGGUACUAAUACUGAUUGAGAAUCUGAGCUUUUGCAAUAAUUCAAGUUGUGUAUUUUUUUUUCAAUUUUCUCUAGUUAAUUUUUGUUAACAUGCAAACUCUGUAAAUAGAGUUCUUAUGCCAUUUUGUAAACUUAAUCACAUACAUAAGAAUGCCAUAUAGGUUAU